CAUCCAAUAAACUUAAUUAAAUUACAAUAUUUUUAUAAUGUUUGAAGAAUGAAGCAUUUGGUUGGUUAUUUUUGUUUAUUGAAAUGAAAAUUCACAACUCGAAAAUACAGCUUUAAUUAGGUUGAACACCAUCCCCAAAACCAAAACCGAUCGGUGAAAUUCGCCGGAGAUCCACACACUACCAUGGCGGUUGACAGCAUACCUCCGAUCAUCCUCACACAACUCAAUUACCUUCUCACUCACUCCCCUUACUCAAUCAAGGUUGAGCAGAUGUGGUCUGGUUCUAAAAAUCACGGUUAUCUUGAUCGAUUUACGUUAUUGAUCCCUUUUUGUCUCGAUUACAUCAAAUGGGAUGUUAUCUACAAUGCACAAUUUCCAUUGUUGCCACCUGAUGUUAUAUUUGGACCUGAGGAUGAAACUUUUCGACCGUUUCCAGCGGCUAGAGAAGGAGAGAUAAAGGCUAAGAAUAGUUUGUCCGAUUGGAAUUGUAAAGAUCCAACUAGGCUGUUGUUGUUGAUUCAUGAACUUAGGAGUUUGUACAUGGCGUAUCAGAAGAAACGGGUUGGGGAAGUUGAUGAUGAGAGACUGAAGUUUGAAAUCAACACCAUGUAUUCUCGGGAGGGAAUUGAAAUGUAUAUGAGCUCUGGUGUUGACAAGCCAGAAGAGGUGAAAUUUGCAGUUCCAUUGCUAGAAAUGGAUUUAAACAAAAUGGUUGCAGGGUCCACGUGGCGUCAUCAGCAGAAGAUAUACUUACAGGUUAUAUAUCCUGUGAGUAGAAAAUAUUUGGCAAUGGCUUCAGCACCGCGUUUGAAAUUGAUAUCUUCACCUGAGUUGAAGGCGUUAUUUUCCAUUGAUGAGUUCAGGCUUCCUUCAUGGCUGGAAGGAAUGUGCAUGGCUGAAUAUCUUCCCACUUUAGAGGAGAUGCUUGAAUCACAGAUAAGAGAUGCUGUCUCAUCAAUCGAAGUUAGAAGGAAAUUUAUUACAGCGUUGGCUAUUCCCUUUGGAAGACCACUAGAAGCUGACCCAGUAUUUUGUAGGAAGGCCACGUUUCUAGCUUGCUCUGGCGUGUUUACAUUCCUGGUUCACUUUACUCUCCCACUUCAGUUCCCAAGGCAACAACCCGCACUGGUGCUUCAAAGUUCUCAGCAUUUUCACUCACACUCUGGUAACGCACCAAUUAAGUCGGCUAUUUUACAAGAGUACCCUUGGAGUCCAAGAUGGGAUGUGUCACAAAUGGCCGAGAGGAUCUCUGAUUAUCUUGUGGACGAAUGCUUAAAUUUCAAGAAGCAUUGCAACGAAGUGCUCGUUCAGCAGCGCUAGUGUUACUUACUUCAGUUGUUUGUACUAUCUGCAUGUUUUACACUUCAAAAUGUCGUGUUUGUUUCCUGAGUUUGUGAGACGGUCGUAUUUGUAAUGAUGUGAUGGUGAUGUUGAGUUGAUAUUAGUUUGGAAUAGCACCAGAAUUUGGCAAGUGUCUGAACAUUAUGAUGCCUAUUGGAUGGAUUCAGCUGCAUAUGGUUCAUUUGGUGGCUUUGGGUUGAGGUUUUCUCAAAUCAUUUGUAUUGCAUUACUCCUUGUGGUUAUAGUUUUGAAGAUUGAAAUUCUUGCCAUAA